AUGCGAACAAGACAACACCAAGUUUUUGAUGUGGCCCUUAACAUAACUCCUGAGCUUAGCUCUAAGUCUUAUGAUGAUGAUGGCAAGCUCAAACGAACAGGAACUAUUUGGACGGCGAGUGCUCAUAUCAUAACAGCCGUAAUUGGUUCUGGAGUUCUUUCGCUGGCUUGGGCCACGGCCCAGUUGGGUUGGGUCGCAGGCCCAAUUAUGCUCUUCAUUUUCUCGUUCGUGACGUACUAUACUUCGACCCUACUGGCGGCCUGUUACCGGUCCGGCGACCCGGUCAACGGCAAAAGAAAUUACACUUACACGGAUGCUGUUAGGGCCAACCUAGGUGGGUUUAAAGUUAAGGUCUGUGGGGCAAUUCAGUAUGUGAAUCUUUUUGGUGUUGCAAUUGGGUACACAAUUGCUUCAUCUAUAAGCAUGAUGGCAAUUGAGAGGUCUAAUUGUUUCCAUUCAAAGGGAGACAAUAGUACCUGCAGAGUUUCAAGCAAUCCCUACAUGAUUGCAUUUGGUGUUAUUGAGAUAAUCCUCUCACAAAUCCCAGACUUUGAUCAGAUUUGGUGGCUUUCAAUUGUGGCUGCAAUUAUGUCUUUUACUUAUUCAACCAUUGGCUUAGGCCUUGGCAUAGCAAAAGUUGCAGAAACCGGCGAGUUCCGGGGAAGUCUCACCGGAAUAAGCAUCGGCACGGCCACCGCCUCAGGCUCGGUCACCGAGAUGCAAAAGGUUUGGAGAAGUUUUCAAGCUCUUGGAGCCAUAGCUUUUGCCUACUCUUAUUCCCUAAUCCUUAUUGAAAUUCAGGACACGAUCAAAUCCCCACCGGCCGAGCACAAGACGAUGAAAAAGGCCACCUUCAUAAGCGUGGCCGUGACUACAAUCUUCUACAUGCUUUGCGGUUGCUUUGGGUACGCGGCAUUUGGGGACUUAUCCCCCGGAAACCUCCUCACGGGCUUCGGUUUUUACAACCCUUAUUGGCUUCUCGACAUAGCCAACGCCGCAAUUGUGAUCCACCUCAUCGGCGCCUACCAAGUCUUUUGCCAACCCCUAUUCGCCUUUGUCGAGAAAACCGCAUCCAAUUACUUUCCUAAUAGUAAAUUGAUCACAAGAGAGAUUUCGAUCCCGAUUCCCGGGUACAAACCCUACAAGCUCAGUUUGUUUAGGCUCGUUUGGAGGUCGAUUUUUGUGGUGAUCACGACUGUAAUCUCGAUGCUCAUGCCAUUUUUCAACGACGUGGUGGGGAUUUUGGGGGCGUUAGGGUUUUGGCCGUUGACCGUUUAUUUCCCUGUCGAGAUGUACAUCGUUCAAGCGAGGAUUCCCAAGUGGAGUUCGAGAUGGGUGUGUCUCGAGAUUUUGAGUAUGGCUUGUUUGAUUAUAUCGAUCACGGCUGGAGUCGGGUCGGUUGCCGGGGUUUUGGGGGAUCUCAAGACCUACAAGCCUUUCAAGACUAGCUAUUGA